AUGCCGACCCAGAACUUCUUCCUCGUGUCGCUACCGACCUCGAUAUCACCCUCUGGCGACCGGGACGAAGCUCUUACCGCACUGCGAUCUGGCGUGAAUCCGGAUCAAGGCACAACAUAUCCCUUUGCUAUACCCGAGUUCAAGAUUAGCACGCUUGAUGCACUGGUACAACAAGCAGAUGACCUGGCAAAGCUCGACCAAGGCUGCAGGAGCGUUGUGGACAAGGUGGCAGAUUCACUGAAGACGCUGCUUGAGGGCGAUGAAGAGAAGAUACAGGAGCAGAAGGUGGUCAAUGACAAACCCGUCGAGAACUACCUUCAAUCCUUCCAGUGGAACAAAGUCAAGUACCGCGCAGACAAGCCCAUCGCUGAGCUCGUCGACACACUUCAAAAGGAAGUCGCGUCAGUGGACAACGAUGUCAAAGCCAAAUUCAACCAAUACAACACCACGAAGAACAAUCUCGCCUCCCUACAACGAAGUCACACCGGAAACCUCUCGCAGAAGUCAUUGACCGCCGUCGUGAACCCAGACACUAUUCUCAAGCCCGAAGACUCCGAAUACCUACAACAGCAUCUGAUCGCAGUACCAAACCAGCUUGUCAAGGACUUCCUUAAGACAUACGAAUCAUUAACGGAAAUGGUCGUCCCCAGAUCUGCCCAACUUCUUGCGAAAGACGAUGAAUUCCAACUGUGGGCAGUGACGACGUUCAAGAAAGUCAGCCAAGAGUUUGUACAUAAGUGCAGAGAACAUCGAUGGGUGCCAAGAGAUCUGAAGUUCACGGAGGGAGGACGGGAAGCAGAGGAGCAAGAACUCCGCAAGCUUGAGAAGGAAGAGAAGAGAGUCUGGGGUGAGGCGCUGAGGUUAGGACGUACAGGCUACAGCGAUGCUGUCAUGGGAUGGAUACAUGUGCUCACACUUCGGGUCUUCGUGGAGACUGUUCUGAGAUACGGGCUUCCGUUGGCCUACGUCUGUGGAUUGAUCAAGACCGACUCGAAACGCGCAAAGAAGGCCAAGUCAUCACUUGACUCCCGAUUCUCAGAUCUAGGCGGCAACGCCAUGAGCAAGGACAAGAAAGGGAAGCCUAAGCAAGAUGACUCCAACAUGCAACAAGAAAUGGCCAGUGCCGGCUUCGGUGGCGACCAGGGCUUCGAGCCAUACGUGUUUUACGAGUUCGAAAUCAUAUAG